GUGCGGACGUCACGGGGCCGGUACGCGGGAUUGGAAAAGGGCGGGCGGACGGCGACAUGGUGGAGAAGGAAGAACCGGUGAUCAGUGAGGAGGAGGCGGCGCAGUAUGACCGGCAGAUCCGCCUGUGGGGGCUGGAGGCUCAGAAACGGUUACGUGGCUCCCGUGUGCUGCUGGUGGGGAUGAAGGGCCUUGGAGCUGAAGUGGCCAAAAAUCUUAUUCUGGCAGGCGUCAAAGCACUGACUCUACUCGAUCAUCAGCAGACCACCCCAGAGGAUGCACAAUCUCAGUUCCUCAUUCCGGCCGGCACUUUGGGAAGAAAUCGGGCUGAAGCAUCUCUGGAACGUGCACAGAACCUAAACCCAAUGGUGGAGGUCAAAGUUGACACAGAUAACAUCAAAGACAAGCCUCUGGAGUUCCUAGCCCAGUAUGAUGCAGUGUGCCUGACUUGUUGUCCUCGUGAUGUAAUGGUCCAGAUUGAUCAGUUCUGCCGAGCGCACCAUAUCAAGUUCUUUGCUGGCGAUGUCUUUGGUUACCACGGUUACAUGUUUGCUGACCUGGGAGAGCAUGAAUUUGUGGAAGAGAAGCAGAAGGUGGUAAAAGUUGGACCCACUGAAGAAGAUGGACCUAAAGCUAAGAAAGUCAAGCUCGAUCCAAAUGAGACCACCAUGAUCAAAAAGACAGUGAAUUUUUGCCACCUCAAAGAGGCUCUGGAAGUGGACUGGAGCAGCGAAAAAGCUUCCUCUCUGAAACGAACCCCAAGCGAUUAUUUCCUACUUCAAGUAUGUGAACCCAUUGAAGUGUUAGCCGCAAAGAGCAGGAAUUUGUGGAGUUGACUCCUGGCAUGGACUGAACCAGCUCAGCAAAUACUGAUUCUUUUCCAAGUGGCCUCUGAAAGUUCCUGACGUGAUGACAGGAAAAAGGCUUGUUAUGACACCUAAACACGAGGAUUUCUGCAGAUGCUGGAAGUUCAAGCAACACACAUCAAGGUUGCUGGUGCAUGCAGCAGGCCAGGCAGCAUCUCUAGGAAGAGGUACAGUCGACGUUUCAGGCUGAGACCCUUCGUCAGGACACGUGUCGUAAUUGAUUUGCCUCCAGACCCAGCAGUCGAGCUCACAUGGAGAGCAGUCAAGGCACAUUGUUUUUUAGGAGAGGAGCUUACUAACUUACUACCCACUACGCCACUGGCGUUUGGAGCAGCAAUGAAGUCCUCCAUCUCUAUCUGUCCUUGGCCACUCAGAUGUAGAAAAAUUCUUCACUGUUGUUUCCGUACCAGCUUUGUUUUACCAGCCUGAUUUGUUAGCCCUGAGCUGAACCCCCGAAUCUGGAGGAUUCGUGGAUCACUCUGAGUCUGGUCUUACCUUUGACCUGCUUGACAUAGGUGACCCUAAACAGAGACAUAGUAUAAAACCCUGACUCCAGCCAACAUAGAUCUCUGGGUCAUUGAGGCACACAAGCCUCCAAACCAAGACAAGCUUGUUGUCCUGUUGUGGGUAGGAGAAGAACAACACACACAACAGUGCUGGAAAAGCUGAGGAGGCUGUUUCUCUAGAAGGAAAGAAACAGUCGAUGUUUCUGGCCGGGACCCUUAGUCCAGACUGGAAAGGGAUGGAGAAGAAACUUCUUGAGUGUUAAUAAUGAAAAGUACUUUAAAAUUGCAGGUUUUUUUUUUAAACUGAUCUUUUUGUGUUUUAAGUAGCUUUAUUGUGACUUUCCUGAGAUUCAAGAUGAAUAAGUAGUUGUAUUAAUUAGUAGUUUGUGGGUUUGUGACCAGAUCUUUCAGGCUUACAUAUCGUGGUGUUGCCUGUGACAGCAUCCAGGAGAAAGGGCACUGGAAGCGGUGUGAGAGAGCACGCUGAAUUCCAUGUAGGUUAAAAUUCUAACCUCUGUACAGGUCGGCUCUUCCAUUAAUACUGUGGUCCAGUGGCUCCAGGACAAAAUCCUAUGCUACUCAGGGACUUGUGUCAAUUUUAUUUUGUAACUGUAUUGUGCUUAAUCUGAAUUAUUUGUGCUGUAUUGUAACUGCUGUGUAUGGCUAUAUGUGCUGUGUGUGACUGUUGACUCCUUGGCCCCUGAGGAAGAGUGUUUCGUUUAGCUGUAUAUAUGUGUAUGGUUGAAGGAUAAUAAACUUGAACUUGAUAGAAGGUAGAGGAUAAAUCUCGAACAUAUUCCAUUGUGUAGUCUUUGGAUAUCCAAAACUAUUGGAGUUUUAUGUGACAGACGGUCAAGAUAACAUUGUUGUAUAAACUUUAACAAUAAAUGAGCCUCUUUAGUUCACUUUUUUUUUGUCAACUCAGAUGAUCUGAAGGCACUAAAGCAGCAGCCUUGUCAUUAACAAUACCUGGUCAAUGCCAGCAGUGCAGACAGCAGCGGACCCGUUGUUGACGGUGCCGGGCUGAGGGCAGAGAUGCAGACACCAGCAGCCCUGUCAUUAACAGUAUCAGGUCAAUAAUGAUGAAGUAGCAACACUUGUUUGCAAGCUGUCCUGUGGAAAAAGCCGUGGGUGUUGCAGCUCGCAGCCUCAAGGCUGAUGUGUGCAGCCUCAAGGCUGAUGUGUACAGCCUGCAGGA